AUGAGAAACAAUCGUGUGAAGGGGCAACUUACCCUUGCACAGAAUGCCAUGCUGGAGGUAUUUCUGUUUGAAACAGUGUAUGUCUUCUACAUUGGGCGCUCAACUAUCAUGUUGCUAUACCGCCUGAUGUGGUUAGUGUGCAUGCUGCGAUCUCGCCUUGUUCUUUCCGAACCCCGGAGCGGCGGUGAGACUGGCGCGGGGGCUUCCACUGCAUCUCCGAACAAUGGUAACGCCGGGGGUGCGUCAAGAGAGGAGAGCUACGGCUCCACGGGCGUCCACACACGCCGAGACCGAGAUGGGGCGCACGAACGACGCGUGCAGGGGGCAACAACUGGCGGCGCGCGGCAAGGGUCGAGGAACGGCGGGGCUCCCGAAUUUAUCCCGUUUGAUGACGAAGAUGCGUCUCAAGAGGAAUUCCGCAACUUCAGCAGCCGCCACUCGGUGCUAAUAUUGGUGCUGGCGCUAUGCCUCGACGUCCUUGUACCCGGCGUCAUGCAUGGCUGGCACCCCUUCGUUGACGCGCCACCCACAGGAGACUUUCCCGCUCUGAGAUCAAUAUUAGGGAGCCAUGACGCGGAUGAGUGGGGAAAAGGCGUCCCUGAGGGCAUGCCACUCCCCAGGGAGGCGGUUUCGGACGCCAAGGCUUCCGAGAUGUUUGCAAAGGAGUACUACUAUUCGAAAUUUUUCGCCUUGGAGAGUGCCAUAAUGGACUUCAUGACGGCUGCGGAUGCGAUCCCACGGAUACCACUAUUCAUCCUUCUCUUGGAUGUCUUCAUAUUCUUCGUUCAGCGAAUCUGCAUUGAGCUGUUCUUCUCUCAAAUACACUACGCCGUGUUGACGCCAUCCCCCGCGGACCCUCACACCCCGCAGCAGGCGGAGAGGGACCGAAAAGAGGAGAGUCGGAGCCGUCUUCAGGCUGAGGGGGGUGACGGUGAUGAGGCUGGGGGGUGGGAUGCGACCCCUCCGCCGGGUGCUUGCACGGUACGGCGUGAGGAAGUUCCCAACGGCGCCGCCGUCGCGGAUGGUCCUAACGAGUCCCUGGCUACUCCGCAUGACUGUCGGAAACGAGCAAAGGGGCAGAAAACGGCGUGCAAAUACAUAGGAAUUCCGCCGCACGAAGACUAUGCGACGCGGAACCUCAAAAGGGGAGUCGAUCCCCGUAUCGAGCUCGCCGAGCUUAGUGUAAACGGCAACAGCGGUGGUGUCCAGUGUGGCGGCUCCGGCCUCGCAGGUGCAUUCGCCAGUGCAGGGGAUACGGUUGUUGCCUUCAAUAUCGUCCCCUCGGCCGCGCCCAGGGAUGGCGGUCGCGGCGUUCCGAUCAAUGAACCCCCAACACAGGGUACACCGAACCGCCGAAGAGGUGUGGGAGAGGGGGAGAAUGCAAAGCACAUGCACCAAAGCGUCGAUCGUGCACGCUUGCCGUCUCCGGGAGACCAUUCGGAUCUCUACGCAAGUGCACAAUUCGGCGAAAUUAUCGCGGAUGCCGAGCGGUGGCGCUCGUGGACGCGGUGGCGGCGGCUUCGGCGAAUUCUCCUACCCGCAGCGUUCAAGCGGAUACUCCCCGACUGGACGGUGCUGGUCGACCACUUCCGGUGGUUGUUCACUGGGUGGCAAAAGCAGUUCAUCAGCAUCGUAUUCGAGGAAGAAAGGCGUAGUGAGCUACGGUAA